GUAACGCAGACAUUGCUUCAAUAAUGGCGGACGGUGGAUGCAAUUCUUCGUUGCGUCUACCCUGCGUUUUCUCGCCAAAAUCACGCCAAUACCUAGCUUCAUUUGCCCAAGAUGGCAGGCUCCGUAUAUGGAACACAGAUAGUAAAAUACUUCAUCAAGAAUACGUGCCUUCAGCCCACUUGAGUGCCACUUGUACCUGCAUAGUUUGGGGACCAUGCCGAAUCGCCAAGGAGGGACCUCUGAGGAAGAAGAGGAAAUCAGAGGCAGGGCAUGUGGAGGAUUUGGCGGAUCUGUUGGCUCUGGGAACGGUGGCGGGCAGCAUUAUAAUUUACAGCGCAGUGAAGGGGACACUGCACUGCACACUGGAUGGAGGUCACAAUAAGGGAGUGAACUGUGUUGAGUGGCACCCCGAGGACAGCCUGCUCUACAGCGGCUCAGAUGACUCCUACAUCGUAGAGUGGGACCUGCAGACAAGCAAGACCCGCUGUAAGUGGAAGGCGGACCGUGCGUCAGUGACCAGUCUGUGCGUGAGUCCUGAUGGCAAACUGCUGCUCUCAGCGGGACAGACCAUCAAGAUGUGGGACCUCAAGACCAAGGAGGUGUACCGGAAGUUCACAGGUCACUCCACAGCCGUGACGAACAUGCGCUUCGCCACCACGCCCCCGGACAGCAAUGGCCUCUACUUCCUGUCCGGGGCGGCCCACGACAGACUCAUCAGCGUGUGGCAAGUCCAGAAGGACAGCAAUGACAUGAACUCGGUGGUGUCCUUCACCCUGACGGCCGACCCCCAGCACAUUGACCUCUUCACUUCCAACAGCAAGGAAGAGGCGGUGAGGCUGGCGGUUGUGUGUAAGGAUGGGCAGCUUCAUCUCUUUGAGCACUUUCUGAACGGGCCUUGUAAGAAGCCGCUGUCCCCUUCCUGUACAGUCCAGAUGUCUGGGCUUGAGGACAUCCCCGUGCCCGUUCCUCUGUUGGCCGCGGCCCUCACUGCGGACACACGCAGCCUCCUGCUUGCCUAUGGCAGCUACCUGCAGCCCGUCAUGGAGAGAUUGGAUGUGAACACAGCAGAGAGACACGUCUGCCUAACCCGCAAUGUCCACACCACCCUCACCAUCGCCAUGGAAACGACUGUUUCCAAGGUGAAAACUCCAGUAGUUAACGCCAAGAGCAAAGUUCUUGUCCCUGGUCUUCCCGGUCACCAAGCGCCAGUCAAAGCAGCUUUGGGAUCCGAGAAGAGGAAAAAGGGCACAGACACCAAAGAGAUGUCCAUAGAGGAGCGACUGGGAGAGAUCGACUUGUCACUUGAGAAGGGCGGAGUUAAGGAAACCCCCUCUCUGCAGACGGACAACUUCGCGGUGCUACUGGUGCAGGGUCUGGAGAGCAAGGACGCCAACAUCCUCAAUAAUGUGUUUCAAACCCGGAAGGAUAACUUAAUAAAGAAAACCGUUUCCCGGUUACCCAUCCCUGCCGUCUUGCCAUUGGUGGAAGAGCUCACCAAGAGAAUGCAAGGGCAUCCAUACACGGCAGUGCUGAUGGUGCGAUGGCUCAAGGCUGUUCUCAUGCAGCACACCUCCUACCUGUCCUCGUUGCCAGACCUGGUGUCUCAGCUGGGAGUGUUGUACCACAUGAUUGAGAGCAGAGUCAAAAUGUUCCACAAACUGACCAAGCUGCACGGCAAGCUCUAUCUGCUCAUGACACAGGUGGUGACAGGUGACAGUGGUGUCACAGACGUGGACCAUAAGGCCAAGCUUGUCUACGAGGACGCGUCCUCUGAUGAAGACAAGGCUUCAGGCGAUGAAGGUCUUCCAGACGAAGAUUCUGAUAACUGGGAGGAGGAUGGCAUAGAGGAAGACAAGCAUAGAGAAGAAGAGACUGAGGAAGGCAUGAGGACGGAAUCCAAAGCUAACGGUGAUUCCGACAAGGAACCGGGAAACGAGAGCGAGGAAGAAUGAUGCUCUUCAAAGGAAACAAUUUCAAAAUGAACACACAAAAAUGGACCUGAGAUUGUACUUUUAUUUUCAUGCUUUGUUUUUAUUGUAUCAGAACAUAAAUGGUUCUACAAAAAAAUGGACAUGCAGUGGGUGCGUGUGACCGGCUGUGAACGAGGCCUAUUCUUUUCCUGGGACAGCAAACAAAGGCGGGAAUGUGUUAUCCCCACAACCAAGCUGAAAGCCCCAUAUUUGGAAUAUUUUCCAGAGAUUCAAGACCCAUGCUUCUGUCCCAAUCUCCUCCUUUCUCCACUUUGUCGUUGGUUCUGGGUGUAAAUCAAGUGUGACCCCCCCCCCCCCCCACUGCUUAUUCCAGAGAAGUGGUGGCCUUGUUGCCUGACAUGGGAUGCAUCCAAAUGGCUCCAUAUUCCCUACAUACAGUUGAUGUCGGAAGUUUACAUACACUUAGGUUGGAGUUAUUAAAACUCGUUUUUCAACCACUCCACAAAUUUCUUGUUAACCUGUCUAGGACUGUCCGGAACCCCUCGGCAACAGCCAGUGAAAUUGCAGGGCGCCAAAUACAAAUAUCAUAAAUAUAAGUAUUAGGCACCAUUUUAAAGAUAAAAUUCUUGUUAAUCCAGCCAGUGUCUGAUUUCAAAAAUGCUUUACAGCAAAAGCUCCACAAACAAUUGUUAGGUCACCACCAACUCACAGAAAAUCCAGCCAUUUUUCCAGUCAAAGAGAGGAGUCACAAAAAGAGAUGGCAAUUAAUCACUAACCUUUGAUCUUCAUCAGACGACACUCAUAGGAAUUCAUGUUAUGCAAUACAUGUAUGUUUUGUUCGGUAAAGUUCAUAUUCAUAUCCAAAAAUCUUAGUUUACAUUGGCGUGUUACGUUCAGUAGUUCCAAAACAUGCAGUGAUAUUGCACAGCGCCACAUGAAUUCACAGAGAUACCCAUCCAUUAUAAAUGUCAAUGAAAAUACAAUUUUUAGACAUGGAAAUAUAGAUACACUUCUCCUUAAUUGCAACUGCUGUGUUUGAUUUUAAUUCAAUUUUACGGAAAAAGCAUAAUCUGAGAACGGCGCGCAGAGCCCAAACCAGCCAGAGAAAUAUCCGCCAUGAUGGGUAAGUCAACAUUAUUCAUAAACAGUAUUAUAAAUAUUCACUUACCUUUGAUCUUCAUCAGAAUGCACUCCCAGGAUCGCAGUUCCACCAUAAAUGCUUGUUUUGUUCGAUAAUGUCCAUUUAUGUCCAAUAGCUUCUUUUGUUAGGUCGUUUGGUAAACAAAUCCAAAUGCGCGAUCUGGUCCUUUCGGACAAAACGUUCAAAAGGUUAUAUUACAGGUCGAAGGAACUUGUCAAACUAAGUAUAGAAUCAAUCUUUAGGAUGUUUCUAUCAUAAAAGUUCAAUAAUGUUCCAACUGGAGAAUUCCUGUCUGUAGAGAAGCAAUGGAACGACAGCUACCUCUCAAGUGAAAGCGCGUGACUGAGAACGAGGCUGAAGGCAGACCACUGACUCAAAAGAGCUCCCAUCCGGCUCCACAUCACAGUAGAAUCCUCAUUCAAGUUUCUAAAGACGGUUGACAUCUAGUGGAAGCCUUAGGAAGUGCAACAUAACCAAUAUCCCACUAUGUAUUUAAUAGGGGUGAGUUCAAAAACUACAAACCUCAGAUUUCCCACUUCCGGUUUGGAUUUUUUCUCAGGCUUUUGCCUGCCAUAUGAGUUCUGUUAUACACAGACAUCAUUCAAACAAUUUUAGAAUCUUCGGGGUGUUUUCUAUUCAAUAAUAAUGUUAGCAUCUGGGACUGUGUAGGAGGCAGUUCACUCUGGACACACUAUCCAUCCAAAAGUGAAAAUGCUGCCCCCUAUCCCAAAGAAGUUAACAAACUAUAGUUUUGGCAAGUCGGUUAGGACAUCUACAUCUAAGUCAUUUUUUCAACAAUUGUUUACAGACAGAUUAUUUCGCUUAUAAUUCACUGUAUCACAAUUCCAGUGGGUCAGAAGUUUACAUUAAGUUGACUGUGCCUUUUAAACAGCUUGGAAAAUUCCAGAAAAUGAUACCAUGGCCUUUGAAGCUUUUGAUAGGCUAAUUGACAUCAUUUGAGUCAAUUGGAGGUGUACCUGUGGAUGUAUUUCAAGGCCUACCUUCAAACUCAGUGCCUCUUUGCUUGACAUUAUGGGAAAAUCUAUCUGAAAGGCCACUCAGCAAGGAAGAAGUCACUGCUGAAAUGUCUUCUGGUCUGAUGAAACAAAAAUAGAACUGUUUGGCCAUAAUGACCAUCGUUAUAUUUGGAGGGAAAAGGUGGGGGAAAAGGGAAAACUAUCCCAACCGUGAAGCACAGGGGUGGCAGCAUCAUGUUGUGGGGGUGCUGUGCUGCAGGAGGGACUGGUGUUCACAAAAUAGAUGGCUUCAUGAGGAAGGAACAUUGUGGCUAUAUUGAAGCAACAUCUCAAGACAUCAGUCAGGAAGUUAAAGCUUGGUCGCAAAUGGGUCUUCCAAAUGGACAAUGACCCCCAAGCCUACUUCCAAAGUUGUAGCAAAAUGGCUUAAGGACAACAAAGUCAAGGUAUUGGGAGUGGCCAUCACAAAGCCCUGACUUCAAGCUUAUAGAGAAUUUGUGGGCAGAACUGAAAUUGUGUGCGAGCAAGGAGGCCUACAAACCUGAUUCAGUUACACCAGCUCUGUCAGGAUGAAUGGGCCAAAAUGCUCCCAAUUUUUGUGGGAAGUUUGUGGAAGGCUACCAAAUACUAAUUGAGUGUAUGCAUUCUUCUGACCCACUGGGGAAUGUGAUGAAAGAAAUAAAAGCUGAAAUAAAUCAUUCUCUCUACUAUUAUUCUGACAUUUCACUUUCUUAAAAUAAAGUGGUGAUCCUAACUGACCUACAACAGGGAAUUUUUUAUUAGUAUUAAACGUCAGGAAUUGUGAAAAACUGAGUUGGAAUACACCUUGGCCAAAUAUAUUUGUACUUCUGACUUACACUGUAGCUCACUACUUCCCCUGGCCCGUAGUGCUCAGGUCGAAAUUUGUGAACUAUAUACGGUGCCAUUUUGGAUGCAACCAUGACUAAUAGAUAAUGUCCCCUUGCGAUGUAAAUCUGUAUGAAAGCUGCAGUGUUUGUAGGCGUCCCCAGCUACCCACCAGAAUCCUUGAAUUAAGUUCAGUCUCCAACUGAACCGUUUUUCUCCCAACCCUCUUCUGUUUGUCCUUCACUCCUUUUGUCCAAUGAGUUUUUCAGGGCAUGGAGAUCAUUCCACGGCUUAAAAUCAUAGCUUGAGGGGUGACCAGAGAAAAUAAUUAACUUUGCUCGAUUAGGUGAAUUAAUGGGUUUUCAAAAUGUUUGCAGCUCAUUUUGUUCAUUUACACAUCGGUCAACAAAUUUGAUUGAAAAUCACUCUCCUUGUACUCAGCUGUUGUUUGCUACUUUACUUUUUCUUGAGAGGAAAAUACAACUGACUGAAUGUUCCUUGACAUAGUUUUGCACUUUGUGAGCAGACUAAAAGUUGAAUUGAUAUUGGUUGGUUAUUCAAAAAAAUGCAACCAUGGGUUAGUUGUACAAUAGAAACAACCUGACGGGGGUACUAUUUGGGGCUGAGAUGAGCAGGGUUGCACGUGUAUAAGGACAAACAUUAGUCAUCUACAGAGCAGAUAACCUAAAGCAAGAUUUAAAAAAUACUCCAUUAGGACAGAAGGUGGAAAACUACAACAGUUGAAUUACUAAAAGGUGGGAAAGUUUAAAUCUCUUCACACGUUACAAUGUAGGAUAAUCUGAUGAAAGGCACAGAAAAUAGAACUAACAAAAGAUUCAAGAUAGAGCCUGCAGGGCAUUACUGUCAAUAACAAUGUUUCCAUGCAAGUAAAACAAUACCGUAUUUAAAACAAAAACGAAAUCAUGACAGAUGUAAUGUAAAGUGUUUUUGUACAAUUUUAUAAAUGCUGACAGAUCAUU